UUGUCUCUCUUGUAAUUUCUCUUAGCCACCGCCUGCUCCAUCUGCGCCUCCCUCUAGCGUUGCCGUGCUGUCGGCUUUUCUCGGUUCCAGUUCGUUGCCGACGAAGCCAUGGAGGUAGAGAAAGUGGGGGAGGCGAAGAAAGAGGUUGGAUCGGGCAUGGAGGUAGAGAACGCGGCCUCUUCCGCCGGAGCGCCUCGUCCGCAGUUCAAGGCGCUGAAGCCGCAUGAGAUGUCGGACAGGAAGAUUGAGUUUCGGAAGGUAUCGGUGCCGCAGCACCGCUUCGCGCCGCUGAAACGGUGCUGGAUGGAGAUCUACACCCCUAUAUAUGAGCAGAUGAAGAUUGAUAUAAGGAUGAACCUCAAGACAAAAAAGGUGGAGCUCAAGAAUAGAGCAGAUACUCCAGACAUUAGUAACUUGCAGAAGAGCGCAGACUUUGUCCAUGCUUUCAUGCUUGGGUUUGAUGUUGCAGACGCCAUUGCUCUGUUGCGUCUGGACGAUCUUUAUGUCGAUACCUUUGAGAUCAAGGACGUGAAGACCCUACGAGGGGAGCACCUUUCUCGAGCAAUCGGCAGGCUGUCAGGAAAAGGAGGCAAAACUAAAUUCGCUAUUGAAAAUUCUACAAGAACUCGGAUUGUGAUUGCAGAUAGUAAGAUCCACAUCCUGGGGUCUUUCCUGAACAUAAAGAUCGCUCGAGAUUCUCUUUGCAGUCUUAUAUUAGGAUCACCAGCAGGAAAGGUCUACUCCAAACUUAGAACUGUCGGUGCCCGGUUAGCUGAAAAGUUUUGAAGUUUUUCUUAAAAAACUUUUGCCAUAUUAAAACUGAUUUUUUUUAGUUUGUGCCAAUUGAGUGCAAUGUUUUGAGGAGCCCAUUUGAGUUAUCAAACAUUGUUUGAGUAAUGAUGUAAUGUUUGUUCAAUGAUAAAGUCUGAUGACUGUUAUAUCUUC